ACUUGCAUCCCACUUUCUUCCCUUCUCACCCCUUCUGCAUACAGCGAAGAUGUGGGGAAGAUUUUGGUUUAUGAUCGGUGUGAGACUGGUUUGUGCAUCCAUUUGCAGGACAUUUGUUUGUCUUUUCAGGUCAUGUUAUGCAUAUUGAAGCCACUCGACCUGCUAACGGAAUGUUCUGGACAGACUGCUUAUUGGCCGAGACAGUUUGUCACGGCUGUGGCUCUUUUCAAGAAGAAAAUCGAUACUAAACUUCAUGGAGAUACGACAGUUGUUGAAGUUGUGGAUAUUCCUGAUGCAGAUGACCGCAAAGUGUUGAAACAUAGCCCAGAAACUUGUACGUUAUGCACUUGUAACGUUCCCGUCAAGAUCCGUUAUUCAGAUGUACUAAUUUUGGAACAGUUUAUGCGCAAAGAUGGAACCGUGCUUCCGCAGCAACUUACUGGUUUGUGCAAGAAGCAACAGCGGAGGAUUGAACGUUGUGUUAUGCAGGCUCACUGGGCUGGCCUCUUUCCAGACAGGACGACUGCCGAUUUCGAUCGUUCGGGAUACAAACGAUUUGCGAGGUACUGGAACGAUGAUAUGGAUAUAUAUCGAUUGAAAGAAGAAGUCGUCCCCGGUUCAUGGUACUAUAUUAAACGGUAUAACACACGUGGAGUUAGUUUCAAAAAGAAUUGAAUGUCAAAUGUAUUAAAAAGAAAGUAGGUUCUCAAGCAAUUUAAAUUAAAAUGUGUAAGAGAGAAAUGUCCAGCGAUUUUCAGUGAUUUUUUGGAUCAGGUUUCAGGCAAACAGCUUCGCUUGCAAAGCUUAAAU